AGGGGCGGGGCGGCCGCCACCGCCCUGCCGAGGCCGCUCCCCGCUCGGCUCGGGUUACCUGGGCGGGCCGCGCCGCGGCUCUUCCCGUCUGGCCCGGCCCCCGCUACGGGAAGUGGGAGUCAGGGGAGCGCUCGGACGGCCGGGACGGCGGAGCCAUGGAUCCCGCCGGUCCCUUCGGAGCUUUGCUGCGGGGCCGGCUGCUCCUCGCCGUCUGCUGGGCGGUGGCAGCGGUGGCGGCGGCAGGAGCAAAAGUUCUUCCACCUCCAUCCAACUUAAAUUAUUCAUUUAUCCAAAUCUGUACAUUGAACUGGACGUGGAAUCCCCCAGAGAACAUCAGCGGUAGCUGUGACCUGGAAUAUUCCAGUGACAUAGUGAUUGAUGAGGUCCCUCAGGACCAAAGACAGUGGAGUAAGAGUCUCUUUCGCGUGACGGAUACGUUCCUGAAUGAGGAAAUGCGUUUCAAAGUGAGAAGUGAAUGUAAGCAUGAUAAUGCCAGUGAACCAAGCCGAUGGGUGGAGACUUCUGUUCUACCAAAAGGUAUUCCAGGGACUGCUGCUGUUGGUUUGAACUGUGUUUGGCACAAUUUGGAGUACAUGGUUUGUAAGUGGCAUCCUGGAGAGAAUGCAAGUAGUGAUACCAAUUAUACUUUAUUCUACUGGUUUGAUGGUUUGAAAAAUCCUAAGAAAUGCAAAAACUAUUCUAUGAGCCAAGGCAGCUUUGAAUGCACAUUCAGUCUUACCUUCCCAAGGUUUACCAAUACUUACCCAGCUAUCAGUAUUUUGAUUAGAGAUGAUUCAGAAGAAAUUAGGCCUGUGUGUGCAAGUAAAAAUCCUACCACCCUUGUAAAACCUGCUACACCAAAAAUAGUUGAAGUAUCAUAUGUCAAUGGUGGAAUAUAUCUACAGUGGAGUGAAUCAGACACCUUUCCAGCAAACUGUCUCUAUUAUGAAUUGAGAUAUCACAAUGGUGAUCUGACCAUUGCUCAGACAAUUCGAGUUACAUCUAAUCGUACGUCAAUUCCUAGUGUUGAUCUUAAUAGCAAGUAUACCUUCCAAGUAAGAGCACAACCAAAGCCUGAGUGUUACAGCAGCAAGCUCUGCAGUGAAUGGAGUGAAGAAAAGAGUAUUGGUCAGAAUCCAGAUUCUACGUUCUAUUUUGUUUUAAUAGUCACCAUUCCAUUAAUAGUAGCAGUAUCUACAAUAGUCCUACUAGUUUACCUUAAAAGGCUUAAGAUAUUAAUUCUUCCACCAAUCCCGGACCCUAGAGAAAUACUUAAGCGCAUGUUUGGAGAGCAGAAUGACAAUCCCCAGAGCUGUGCAAAGAAUGAUUCUAUGAAUGCUUAUGACAGGUUAAUCAAGGAAGAAGAAAUUCAUUCUUUAAUUUUAACAGAAACUCCAGAAUCCUCUAAUUCUGAAAAAGAAAACCGAUAAACUCUGCUUUCCCAAUGAUAGAUAAGGAAAGACUUUCAUUCUUGCUACUUUACCUCAGGUGACAAUGUAGAUGUGAAGAGGCCUGCAAGACAUUCACCACCAACUUCUACCUUACGGAGUCCUUUCUGAGCCUUAUUACUUUGAUGCUCAGAAGAUGAGUUGCUAAUGUUGGCCGUCCCUCCAUCUCUGCUAGAAAAAUUCAUCUUGGAUCAUUUGAGAUGAAUAUGUACAUAAAUUUCAUCUAACUGCAUUGCAGCAUCUCUUGUUCUAGCUCCAACCAGCUCUGCCUUUUUACUUGUCACUUGCACUUGUGUUUGAGCCCCACAUUAGGCUGUAAAUGUUGGCUUUUCUUGGUUUCAUUGUUUUUAGGGUUUUGCUUUGCUUUGUUAUGUUUUUGGAGCAGGCACUGUGACUUUGAAGUAUUUGGCUCUGUUUUGCAGCAGGUGAGACAAGACUUGCUUGCAGUAGGUGAGCUGUCUCUGUUAAUACACAGAACUGUUGCCAGAUAGGAUGCCAGAGCAAUGGACCAUUUGUGAAUGGCUUAUUUUGAGUGCUCCAGGGCAAUUUUUUUUCCAGAGGACAUUAAUGGACUGACAUUCAUAAGCUUUUAGUUGAUGUGUUUCAGCUGUGGGCUGAUCAAACCCAAUAAGAGGAUUGCUUUUUCUUUAAAAACACAUGUGAAAAGCCUCCUCACCUUACAGCUGGUAUUCGGACUAUUCAUCGAAAAGGCUUUUAUUUUUUUUAUUCUUUCAAGUGCCUGUUUUCAGAUUUGAGGCCUUCAUGAGCUUCUUGGGUUAAUCACACUUUAAAAUUAUAAAAAGAAUUCUUUACCUCUGUUGCGCAGUGGCUGAUACCUCUAUAUUGACUGUCACCGGACUGAUUCCGCUUUGGCCAUAUUGGCCUGAAAGUAUCUGAUUUUUAGAAGCUGAGUCAUCCUGAGUCUGUCCAGCAAAAUUACCAGGAUGGAUGCAUAUGUCCAAGGAGCUGUGUACAAAUCGCUUAGUAAGAUGCUAAACCACAGCAACUGAUGAAUUCAACGACUUUAAGAUUCAUCCUUACUGCUACGCCGAUGGAUUUGUGGAAAGACAAUAUGACAAACUUGGCCUGCUUUCUCGGGGACAAAUUUUAUUGUUUCUGUAGUGAUGAUGCUUUAAUUUUAGCUUCUUCUCUAGGGAAUUAGCAAUUGAAAAAAAAAAAAGGUGCUUAUUGGACUUCUAAAAAAAUUUCUUGGAUAUUUGCUGCUGCAGCUUGAUGACUUCUUUUUUUUAAAUCAUGAAUUGACUUGUUUUCAUGUAAUGGUUUUGUUUUGAGGUUUCUUUACCCAGCAGAGUCCAACAGAAGUUUUUUGAUACAACUGUGACACUUCUCUGCUCUGAGUUCUGAGCAUUGGUUUCUAACUUGUGCUGCAAGGGUGUUAACAGAAGUACCUUGAUCGUACUGGAGGCAGAAAGUAAUGGGGAGAAAGGGAUCCAUGCAGAUGUUUACUGUUGAGGAACUUGUUCCUCCUAGCUCCCUCAAUAGCUAAGUGCUAGUUAGUCAUUAAGACACAGAUUCUUAGUAGACUGGGAAAAGAUCUCCUCAGAGGUUCAUUUGGAAACAAAUUCUGUAGCCACUGAGUGUUGUAAAAUUCAGCCCUCUCCUCAAACUCAAUUCAAUCAAAAUCCUGAAAUGAAAUACUAAUUUUUAGAACAUGUUGUUCAGUGGGAAGUAGAACUAAUGGAGUUUGUUUUGUUUUUUUUUUUUUUUUUAGCUACAAAUUUACAUUCUUUACCCUUCUAUGUAUUUCCUCCCUCAAUAAAUCCAGUUCUUUCCUCAGUCCCCACUGAACCUCUCAAAUAUGCAGUUUCUUCCACAUCUCUUAUCUACCUCUGGUUUCUGGUGGUAGAAAGGGGAGAAGAAAUGUAGCAGAACUAGCAGACCACAUAAGAGCUUAAAUCUUUUACAAGCAGGCUAAAAGAAAAGACACUAUAAAAAUUGGUUAAUGAGACAAAACAAGAAGUCUCAGGGAUUUCAGUGAGAUAUAAUGAAACUCAGGUUAUAUAAAGUCAGCUAGCAGCACUAUUUGAUAUUCCAGAGGUAAAGGAACAGUGUGGGGGAAAGGGUUAUUCAUUUCUUUAACAACUUCACUCCCACUCCACCGCAACAUUCACAUCACUAUGGAGAGAUAACUAUUUCUCAAAUCUACCUCAUCUUGAAUGUUGCUCAUUGUAGAUCACGAGACAAACAGAAAUGUAUGAUUUCAAUAUCAGUAAGCAUAACAGCUUAAAGUUUUGUGGCUUUCAGUACAGCAGUCUAGGAAGAUGAUCCUUGGUACUUUACCCUAAGUUCAUUUGACUUUGUUUUGAUGUUUAUAGUAAAGCCAAAGCUUUUUUUUUUUUUUUUAAAAAAAAAAAAACUUCAUAAAGCAAAAAGAGGGAAAAACAGGUGAAGUACUAGGCCAAGAGGAAGGCUUAAAUGCAAAGGAUGGUUUAAUCAGAAUAGAAAUGUUUGGGUAAUACUUUGUUUUCUGAAUAAUAGUAAUUGACACACUUCCUAAGGAUGGAUUUCUUGAGCCUGUGUUUCGGCAUACAAAGUAACUGUUCAAGUUUAUUUUAAUCUUGUCUUGUUUAUGGUUAGUUUUUUCUAAGUUUUGCUAUCAUAUGUUUGCUCUUUGUUGCAGUUACUUGAUUUGUAAGUUUGUUUAAGGAAUGAAUAAAUAUGUUUGAAUGUUUU